CAGAUCCCGUGUUGACCAACAAUGCCUCUGGCAAAGAAAGAUAAGAAGGUGAAGGGAGUGAGCAAGUACAAGAUCGACCUCACCAACCCCAUUGAUGACGGAAUCAUAGACAUCAAAAAGUUCGAGGCGUUCCUCAAGGACAAAGUAAAGGUGGACGGCAAAACUGCAAACUUGGGAAACAAAAUUUUGAUUACAAGUGACAAGAAAAUCAUCACAGUGACUGCCAACGUUGAGUUCAGCAAGAGAUAUCUGAAGUACCUCACUAAAAAGUUCCUGAAGAAGAGCGACUUGAGAGAUUGGCUCAGAGUUGUAGCGACUGAGAAGGACUCCUACACGUUGAGAUACUUCGACAUCAACAACGACGAGAAUGAAGACGAUGACGACGAGUGAUGUGUAUGUUACGUAAUCGUUGCGUUGCUCUUGCGCAAUUGAGUAACUGUGCGACUCAUUGUGUAUAAAUUGGGAGUUGUAUCGAUUUUAUUUAGAAUGAAUUGAAACAUUCCCAAACUUUCA